AUGGUGGAGCGGGGCGACGCGGCGCCGCUGCUGCGCUGGGCCGAGGGCCCCGCCGUGGCCCCGCCGCAGGCCCCGGAGCUGCAGGCUGGAGGCCGGGGAUGGGGCGGCAGUAGGGGCGGCCGGGAGGCCGCGGAGCCGCCGAGGCGGCGGGAGCCCGAGGAGCUGGGCGCCUCCGAGGUGCUGCUGCAGCCUGGGCGCCUGGAGCUGGGCGACGUGGAGGAGGACCAGGUGGUGGCCGUGUUCGUGGUCACCUUCGAUCCCCGCUCGGGAAACAUGGUGGAAUGGUGUUUACCGCAAGAUAUUGACCUUGAAGGCGUUGAGUUCAAGUCUAUGGCCAGUGGGUCCCAUAAAAUCCAGUCUGAUUUCAUCUAUUUCCGGAAGGGGCCCUUCUUCGGCCUGGCCUGCUUCGCCAACAUGCCCGUGGAGAGCGAGCUGGAGCGCGGAGCGCGCAUGAAGUCCGUGGGCAUCCUGUCUCCGUCCUACACCCUGCUCUACCGGUACAUGCACUUCUUGGAGAGCCAGGUUCGACACCAGCUGGAGACGCCGGGACAUUACUCCCAUCUGGCUGCUUUCUAUGAAGACAAGAAAGGGGUGCUCCACGCUGGGCCCGGGAGAGGCGGCAGCCUGCCCCCCGUCUACUGGCUGCCUUCCAUCCACCGGUACAUGUACCCCGAGAUGAAGAUCACGCACCCAGCCGGCUGCAUGUCUCAGUUCAUUGAGUUCUUCGGGGAGCAGAUCCUCGUCCUCUGGAAGCUGGCGCUGCUUCGAAAGCGCAUUCUGAUCUUCUCUCCCCCUCCUGUGGGCGUCGUGUGCUACCGAGUGUACUGCUGCUGCUGCCUGGCCAACAUCUCCCUGCCCGGCAUCGGGGGCUCCGUCCCCGAGUCCAAGCCCUUCUUCUACGUGAACGUGGCUGACAUCGCGAGCCUGGAGGUGGAGGUGUCCUACGUGGCCUGCACCACGGAGAAGAUUUUCGAGGAGAAGCGGGAGCUGUACGAUGUCUACGUGGACAACCAGAACGUGAAGACGCACCACGACCACCUGCAGCCCCUGCUGAAGAUCAACAGUGCCGACCGGGAGAAGUACCGGCGGCUCAAGGAGCAGAGGCAGACGCUGCUGUACACCCAGGAGGUGGAGGGGAACUACAGCCCGUGUGAAGAGGACCUGUUCGUGCUGUUUUUCCUAGAGCAAAACAACCGGAUAUUCCAGACGUUGCUGGAGGUGUCCGCCAGUCAAGACAAAACUCUGACGGCCGAGCAUGCCCGGGGCAUGGGCCUGGACCCCCAGGGAGACCGCAGCUUUCUCCUGGACCUGCUGGAGGCCUACGGCAUCGACGUCAUGCUGGUCAUUGACAACCCCUGCUGCCCGUAGGGCGAGGGCGCCGGCCGGUGAGCCGCUGGCGCGCGGGACCUCAGCCCCGCCCCAGAGGGCUCACUGUUUAUUGAGUUGACACAGGGCCCUGCUGUUGAUACUUUCCAACACGUGCAAUGUUUGCGAUCGCUGUUCUCCCCUCGCUCCGGAGGCGAGACGAGACGCCGAGGUUGUGCGUCCGGCUUCGGUCGGGGGACGCGGGAACCUACCAGCGGGAAUCUCCAGAGCUGCUGCCUGUUCUGGUCUUCUGCGUCCCCGUCCACGUGGAUUCUCUCAUCUCCUGGUGGAGUCACCUGAGAUGUGGCCAAGGCCACAUGGCGCCCGGGGUGGGCUCUUCAGGAAGUCUCUGUGGUCAGUGUCCUGUGAUGUAUUCAAGAGCGAGACCGCCGUCUUCCCAGGGUGGCCUUGGGUGUCCAUCUCUGCGGGGCAGGGGCUAGACCAGGUGACCUUCUGUGAGGUGUUUACCGGCUCUGGGAGUCUGGUCUUGGGAUCAGAUCCAAUUUCCUGUCUAUUAGGACAAAUCUGUGUCUUCCCGUGAGUAAAGUUCUCCAAGUGGGACAGAAGGAUGUUUCUGACCCCGAGUGUGAGCUUCUCUAAGGACAGGGUGACAGGGAGAGGUGGCUUAUCAGUCGGCAGAAAACAGAAUCUUUUCACACUUCAUGGUGGCCACUCAAUGUAGGAGUCUCUUCCCCAGACUCCGCCCCCUUGGGAGGGGUCGGCACAUCCCUGGAGCUCGCGAGCAAAUCCAUUUUCCACUUCAGUCUCCUUUAAGGGCUAACCAUCCUCUUGGCAUAAUUUGGGUAUUUUUAAAGAGUAGCAUCGGCUGCUCAAAGACAGAGUUGGGGUGCAGGAUGGAGAAGACACUCCUUCCCGGAUGAGGCCUCGGGAUCCAAGGAGGCUCACCAGGUUCCGGGAUCUAGCCAGGGUCUGAGCGGGCUGAUGGCACGCUCACGGACCAGUUGUCCUCAGCAGAGGACAGUCCUUGAGCAGUGAUCGGGGCCAGAGACCCGUCAGACCUGUCGGAGAGCGUCUGACAGCGUCUUCCCCAGGAAAGUGGUCGGGAGCCCGAGUGUCGGAUGGUUUGUGCUUUCCCCUCCGAGGCUGGGUCCUGGCCUUUCUCGAGCUGGGCGUGUGACGGAGGUCAGCUUAGGGGGCAGCUCCUGUGAGCAGAGUCGGGGCCAUAAUGUAGGCUUUUCACUUGGGAAACUGGGUUACUGGUAGCCAAUACUUCUUCCCCUUCCCCGUCCUCCCCGCUGUCACUGGGACAGCCAUCGUGUAGCCGUUAACGUACACGGCAGAGAGGGGUAACUUUCAGGUGGGUGGAUCCCGUGUCUAAUCUCAAGACUGUUUUCACCGUGGCCCCUGACUGCAGAAUCCAAGACGACAGAAAUCCCCACGCAGAACCGCGAGCGGACGUCGAUCCAUCCCGGCGGCGCCGUGUCUGUGACAAUAUAAAUAAGUGUGGGCGUUGAGGCGCAGACGGAACAACUGAUACAUCUCUGUUCGCUGCGGUCCUGUCGGUGGCAUGUGUGUCUACAGAAGGGAACAUCUGUGUGGGGGCUGAGGCUUCCCCGCCGUUCCCGAGCACCCUUCUAACUGGGCCAAGUCCUGGGGACUGCGGGGGUCCGAAAGGUUCAGGUGUUGUGAGCUGGGGGGUGACCAGAACAGGGUCGCGGUGGAAGGGCAGGUCAGUCUCCCGAGGGCACAGGCAGACCCUCCUUCUGGGAAUUGGGGAAUGUGUUAGGAGGAUCUUUCUCAGCCUCUCUGCGGGUCCGUCCGCAUGGGGACACUGCUUCUGUGGGCUCGGAAGUGCCGAGGUGCAGGAAUUGGGGUGAAAAGGGGGCUCUUGUCGUUCCCCUUGGAUGGUGGGUCAGGGCCCUGGGCUGCGCUGAACCCUGCUGCUGGGGGCAGCUGUCCGUUGGCACGUCCCUGCGUCCACCCUCACGCUCGUGCAGGGGCUGGGGUCGGGUGCCCGGGCGGGGAACACACCCUGAGGCUGUGCUGUCUGAGGUCUGGGGGAGCCUGGGCUCAGCUGACCCAAAGCAGGACGUGUUGUCCCCUCGCGUUCCUUCCCCGCGCUACAGCUCCCUCCGCGUGUGACCAGCAUGCGCCCCGGCUCUGUGGCUACCUUUGUCCCGGUUUGUCAUCUCAGUAUUUCUUGCCUUGGUUGAGAUGUGGAUGGAGGUCGCCUGUGGAAGGCUUGCUGCGUACCGGGCUCCCGCCCCCCGCCUUCUCCCCAGGGCCUCAGCGGGCAGCCCAGCAUCGCCGGCCGCCGGUUUUCUAGAAGGGGAAUGAGCUUGGGAGGUACCAGGCAGGAAUCCCUGCGCGGUGACCACAGAAGCCGGAAGCCCCCUGGGGUUGGCUUUCUGUCACUGCUGAAGUACUAAGAAACCAUCCGCUUCAGUUUGCAAGAUGUUGGUGAACAUCCUUCCGGGUCCUGCCUUCUGGGUCUGUAAGCUCUGCGUGGGCAGGGAUGAGCACUGUGACCCCUGACCUUCUGGACAGGUUAGAAAUCUCACCUGGGGUGUGGGACCUUCACCGAGGGGCGUGGCUACAUCCCCCUGGGCAACUUGCAGGCUGAUGUAGUGGGCCCUGUGCCAGCCUGGGAACAGGGCUGACCUGGGGCACCUGGUGCGCUGUCCUCCUGAGACCGAGUUAGAAGGAAUCCCGGGAGCAGGAGUCCUGUGAGGCCCAGAAUCCAGACGUGGGUUUGCUGGUGUUGAAGUGGAUUUUUCAGGUUUUCAGGCUCAGCAGAGGGUGGUCUUUGGCCUCUGUGACCAUGUCCAGUUGUCCUCCAGCUUAGGACUCUUUCUUUGGAAGGAGUCAGAAAGGGCCGGGCUUAUCUCCUAUAAGUUACAACCUAUGGGCCCAGGCAUUUGUGGAGAAUCAGCUUUGGCCAGGCCUGGUGUAGGUGUGUACCAGCUGGGGCUGGACGUCCUGUCAGUCACAGGUGCCGUGAACUAGCAGGCGCGUGCCCCCCACACCCACCAUCCACACAGCAUCUCUCCUUGCACUGGGCUGGGGAAGGGGAGCUGAAUUCAUCGUGUGUCGGUGCAGAUAAUUCAGCACAGGAAUUUGCAUCUGAACCUGACCUUGUUUAGUCCCCCGUGAAAGUCGUGACGGGAAAUUCGAGUGUAGCACAGGGCGCAGAGCAUUCUAAGUCCCCCACGGGAAGACUCAUUGGUCAGGGUAACCACCUGUGAUAUUUUAGCUGGAAGAUAAAGGCAAAGCUCAAUUAAAUCGUGGCUGAGCCGCUGUUUCUCCUGCUGGUGGUGUCGAGGGCGCACUGGCUGUUUGUCUUGAUACAAUGAAAGCUCUGCAGACACAAUAAAAGAGGAGAUUAUUCACCUUUACACGAGGCCUUCAGGGAACCUUUUGCAAAGGGCAGUAACAAAUCAACCUUUUAACGGUGGCAUAGGAACCUUCCAGGAAGAGGCUGGGACCUCGGGGACCCUUUCUUGGGUGCUUUUGGCGUUUUGUGAAACCGCGUGGCCCAGGGAACGGAUCGAGACGCUUUCUUGUCCCAGAGCAGCUCAGCCUUGCCAGUAAAGGAGCAGGGUGAAGUCAGUGUUCCUUCUGACAGUGAACUUGCUUGUGUGACAACAGUUCUAAACAGCAAGGUAAUCGGGGACCAGCAUGCAUGCACAUCUUUAUGUCCAGUAGGUCCCUCCCCAGUGAGCUGAGGGUCUGAGGAAAGUCCAGUCCCCACCCGUCCCCCGCCCUGCUCUACCUAGUGCGGAGACGACCCCAUCUAGCAGACCCAGAGGCCCCUGUCCACAGACCCAGCCUGUCCCCUCACUUCAGGAAACCCCGUUUCUGAUUCAGGUAGGGGACGAGAAGGAGUUAAGGGGCCCCUUUUACUCCCAAGUCAUGGGUUUUUAACAUUCCAUUGCGUUGCUAAUAUACCUUUGUUCCCAGGAGCCACUGGACCACGGAGUGUUAGGGGAAAAGGCUGACUGUGAAUUAAGUUAGUUGUUCUUGUAAGAAACGGAAGUUUAUUUUUGUAUCGACAUUGCAGUGUGAUGAGGUGAGUGUGCAGAGGUUGAAAGGGAAGGACACGUCAUGACUGAAGACUGUGAAAUCCAGCAGCACCCUUUAGGAGACAGUCCCAGGAAGGACGACAGAGUCCCCAACCCUGAAGUAAAACUGUCUUAGGCGUUGGGUGUGAUCAUGCCCACGAGGCCUCAGGACGGGCGGGGUGGGAGACGGAGGGGUCACGGCACUUUAACUCCUGUUUGAAGCUGGGAGAUGGGCAGGCGGGUGAAGCCGCACAUCAGGGCAUCAGAAGGAAGCAGACUUCCCUCCAGCUCUGCUCCCCUUCCCUGGGUUUACUCGAGAAGCUCCGCCGAGCGGGCUCCCGGAGGCGACAGGAUCUAAUCCAGAAACUGGAUUUAAUCAUCAGAGUGGGAGGUCAGUGGGAACCCUCGGCCUUCUGAGACACCUGGGGAUGCAGGGGCUGGGCUAGGGUGUUACAAAUGGGCCAGAGAUGAUCCAAAAAGAAAUCCACACAGAGGUCACCGAGUUCGCUGAUGGCUAAUUCGACAUUCGAGUGAGAAUGUCCCCCGGGCAAAUUAAGCAAAGGAAAAAUGUAAACAGAUGUUCGAAGGCGGCAUCAGGAAAAGAGGUUCCGUCCAGCGUGCACGGAGACCAGGGUGCGGGAAGGUGUGGCUUCUGGGCUUGCGAACAGACAGGGUCGAGGGGUCAUUCAGGGUACAGAGCAGAGGAAAAUGCAAUUAACGUAUUCACCCCAAGUUGUUGGCUAAACUUUUCGUGGGUCUGGGACAGAAACCUUUUCUGAAAAAGAAGUAGUCGUAGCUUUGGGGAAAAAAAGUUUUCUUAUUUUUCCAAGUUAGGGAGAGCAUAGCAUCCUUGUCGCCUUAAAUGUCAAGCCCCUAUUUUGAUGAACACCCCAGUAUAAGAGUCAUAGCAAUAAGAGAAACCGAAUCUAUUUUUGUUUGCAGUCUUUACCUCAUAUUACAAUAUCAGUAAGUCAGUUGAGCAGGUUUACCCUGAGUACUAGUCGUGCUUGUAGAUAUGUGUUCUUGCUCUGUUUUCUACGGUGAUCAUUUUAAAGACCUGAAGCAAGCUGGGGUUCUCCUGAAUUUCAGAGUGCUUCUUGAAUUGAUUUUGUUCUGUGGUACAAAUAACCAGUUCAUCUGUGUAUGUCGUAUCUGUAUAUAUCUGAACCGAGUUGUGUGCAGAGAGCUUGAUAUAACUAUAUUUACAGAAAAUACUUUUUACAAUUAAAAUGCACAUUUU